AUUUAUAAAGCCCGGGCAGCCCGGUUGUCUGUUUGACGCUCUGUGCGAGAGAAGCCACGUCUCGAUUGGCCGUAAAUUAAACUCACCCAAUUCGUUCACCGGAAACGUCGAGCAUUCAGUCGUGCCCUCCCACCCCUGCCUUUCCAUCCCACAUGAUGUCACAGAUCGUGAGUCUAUAAAUGCUGACAGGGCACUCCGGGGGAACCAGAUCAACAGCUUUGUGAAGAGUAACGCUCCAGCCGGGAAAUGCAAAGCCCUCCAAAGCCUCAGUUUGCCAGCUGGCUCAUAGAGCAAGUGGAGACGGGCCAGUACACGGGCCUGUGCUUUGUGGGCCAAAACAAGUUCAGAGUUCCCUGGAAGCACAACUCCAGAAAGGACUGCAAGGAUGAGGACAGUAAAAUAUUCCGGGCAUGGGCGGUAGCAAGUGGCAAAAUCAACGAGUUCCCCACCGACAAGGCAAGGUGGAAAACCAACUUCCGCUGCGCUCUUAACAACCUCUCCGUGCGCUUCAAGAUGAUCAAGGAUAACUCCAAGAAUUCUGAAGACCCUCACAAAAUCUAUGAGAUUAUCAACACUGAGCACAAUUAUGAAAAUCAGCCCACACAAGACUCCCAGGAGGAUUCUUUCAUGACUCCAAAUAUCUACAGCUCUCCCACAGAGUACUUCCCCUCAGGAAAUGAGCACAAUCUGGUUAACAAUUUAAUGGCCUUGGAACUUGACAACCAUCCCACAGAGGACCAACAGUGGGUAGAGAACUACUGCCAGCCCAAUCCAGCUGUCCUUGGAAGUUAUCCUGUUGCAGCUGAAAACCACCUACAGGUUUUGCCAGCUCAGCAGCCUUACCACGAGGUGCAUCCUACGCCAGUCCUCCCUUUACCUCUGCAGCCAACUAUUUAUGACCUGGAGAUCUCCAUCCACUACAGGAAAACAGAAAUGUUAAAGACCACGUUGUCCGCUACCCGUCUCCAGCUCCACUACCAACACGUGGACCCCGGGCUCAAUGCCCAUCAGCUCUGCUUCCCCUCCACCGAUGGUCUUAUAGACCACAAACAGAUUGAUUACACCAACCGCAUCCUCAACAGCAUCCAGAGAGGUCUCCUCCUGGAGGUUCGGGAGACCGGUAUAUACGCCUGGAGGCAGGACAGGUGCCACGUGUUUGCCAGCACCAGCGACCCCAGCGUGGCUCACCCAGACCCAAGAAAGCUGCCCCAGAACACCACGGUGGAGCUCCUCAGUUUUGAGAAGUAUGUAAAUGAACUGAAAAAGUUUAAAGAGAACAAUGGUGGCUCUCCCGACUACACCAUCAAUAUGUGUUUUGGAGAGAAGUUUCCAGAUGGAAAACCACUGGAAAAGAAACUCAUCAUGGUCAAGGUGGUCCCUCUGAUCUGUCGACACUUUCAUGAGAUAGCCCAGAUGGAGGGGGCUUCGUCUCUUCACAGCGCCAAUGUCAGCCUUCAGAUGUCACACAACAGUCUCUAUGAUCUCAUUAACUCUGUCUUUGGUCUGCCAAUGGCUGAAGAGCCAGGGCGGGCUGCUGAGCCUAUCCUACAUCACAUCUGAAAUUUCAUCUCUCGCGUGCCUCUAAUGGGGACUACUUCAGUUAUCUAUGGGACCACAUAACGCUCCAUAACAUUCUGCUCUUACCCAAAGCUUUACGCAAAUGUAGCCAGUCUGCUAACCUGGAAUGAACAGAGUAAUAUUUAGUAUUUCAAAAUAUGCUAUUAUCGACCGUCUCUAACUCCACCUUCCUGGUUUGCAUUAACUCUUGUUCACGAGUCAUAAACUGUGAUGGCAAAACACUUUUAUCACUACAAAUUGACUUUUUUUAUUGUCAGCCUCAUUAUCAUUUGUUACUGAGACUGUUAAGUUACCCAACUUCCUUUAGAAUAUACUUUUAUGAUUUCUGUAAAUAUCAAAAUAACUUAAUGAACUAUAUGCUUAAACUGAUAUGUUUUUUUAAAAAAAUGAUGACUAAUAUGAUGGUAAAUCCAUUUUAAAAUGUACAGUUUUUCAUAUAUUUAUGAGCUUGUAAGUUUUUUAUGUGUCAUACUGCCACAGACUGUAAUAUGUAUACCUACCUAUCUACCUAUCUGAACUAUGUUUUGCACUUAAAAAUUUGUUCAACAUUUUUAUAUUCUGCUGGUGAUGUCACACUGAAUAAACCUAACUGGAAUCACAUAGAUUUCAAAUAAACUGUUAAAGCAGAAA